UUGCCAAGUCAAGCCGUCUCCAAACCAAAAUACAUGGUCAUUAAAAUAUUAACUCAAAUUCAGGUUUACAAUUCACAAAAUCUCUUGAAAAUCUCGUCGUUAAUAAAUUAUGUAACAUAGAAAUAAUUUUUCUACAUUAAAAUUAAUAUGUUAUUAAGAAAUGUACGGUAUGCGGCAGAGUUGACUCUUUGCUGCAAACCAGUGUUUUUCAACCAAAACUCAAAUAAGUUUGGAUAUGUGCGACUACAAUUGCGCAGUGCCUUCCACAAUUCACGGCGAGGUGCCCGAAAACCUGUCUCUGAACCAAAUCCUAUUGAAAAUAUACACAUAGAAGGACCUCUGAAUGCAAGUGGCCUUUUAAAGCCAUUCUUCUUUACUGUAGGGGUUACAUCUUUGAGCCUAGCUGGUUGUGUAAUAUGGGAGUAUGAGAAUCUACGCUCACAUGCAAGUACUUUUCUCAAACGUCCAGGACAAUGGUUGAAUGCUCAUCAUAAACGUGUUUCAGCAAAUAAUAGAUCAGAACCUGGACCAAUAAAAAAAUGGUGGAGUUCAUUAAGAGAAAGCGAAAAGGUUUUCUAUCCCAUUCUAGCAGCCAACAUUCUUGUCUUUGGUGCUUGGAGAAUAAGACCUUUGCAGCCUUUUAUGAUUAAAUAUUUUUGUUCAAACCCUUCAGGCAGUGCAAAAUGUCUGCCCAUGGUUCUGUCCACCUUCAGCCACUACUCAACCUUACAUUUAGCAGCCAAUAUGUAUGUCCUGUAUAGUUUUAUGCCAGCUGCCAUAGCAUCACUAGGCAAAGAGCAGUUUGUCGCGAUGUAUUUGAGUGCAGGCGUGAUAAGCAGCUUUGCCAGCUUCCUUUAUAAAGUCGUGGUCUGUCAACCUGGACUUAGUCUUGGAGCGUCUGGAGCUAUCAUGUCAAUCUUGUCCUACGUCUGUGUGCAGUACCCUGACACUAGACUAAGCAUAAUAUUCUUGCCAAUGUUUACAUUUGCUGCUGGAACGGCAAUAAAGGUGAUUAUGAGCGUGGAUCUUGCAGGCGUUAUUAUGGGAUGGAAAUUCUUUGACCACGCUGCUCAUCUUGGUGGGGCUUUGUUUGGCAUGGCCUGGUGUUACUGGGGCAACAUGCAUGUUUGGGGCAACAGAGACAAAUUUCUGCAGUAUUAUCAUAGCAUCAGGAAGGAUUCAUGAUAAUACAUAGAUAGACAGGCAAUGGUACUUUAAUGACAAGUUGUAUUUAUUUUAGAGAAUCUAAUUUUGAUAACUACUUUGUUAGCCAAUUGAAUAUUUAUAAAAUACUAUAAUAUCUACAAACAA